ACAAAGCUUGCAGUUGUCUUUUGGAUUUCAUUGUGAAAAGCCUUUGGGUAGUUUUCAGAUGACAGAAGAUCCUUGGUUCCUGAAAGGGAGGAGUUCUGCCAGAACUUUGAAGAUCCCUGUAAACUUUGCAAAUUACCCAAUUUUGGAGACAAUUAUAUCAAAUGAUAUCAUGGAUUACAAUACAUGAGAAGUGUUUAGAGCCUGGAAGAUUAUUUAUGUUUGGCAUUAACUCUUAUGGUCAUAAUUUCAAGCAGAGAGAAAAGGAAUACACAGGAACCCUCUUAUUACCUUUUGAAAUAUGAAGAUCAGAGGAAAAGAAGGGUUUAAAGUGUGGAGUGAUGGUCCUCAAAACCUGUCUGUAAAUUAGCUGGCAUCCUACAUCUAUAAAAACAACAAGGUUUAGAGCCGAUUUCCAGGCACCAAGUGGACCUCGUGGGUUGUUAGCAGUGCUUUGACAUCUGAGUUUUCAUACACUGCAAGAGGAAAUUGCAGCCUGCGGGGCAGAGUACCUAUACAGAUGUUUCGCCCUUGCUUCGACUGAUACAAGAUUUAGAAGACAAAUUCAGGAACUGGCAUUCCACUGGUGAGGAGAAAAAAAAAAAAAAAAAAAGAAAGCAGCAUGGACAGCACUAAAGAUGAUGACGGACUCUUGAAGAGGAUUGCAUUUCCAGGAGCUGUGUCCCUGGCUAACGGCCAUGUGCAUCCCCACAGAGUCCCCCUGAGAGACCCCUUCGGGGUUCCCUUCCAUCUGGACCCAUCUUACUGGGAGCAAGCCUACGGCAGGCACGCAGGUCGCUUCUCCUACAUCCCGUUCCCUGGCUACGUGGGCAUCUAUGACUAUUCCUUUGAGCCUGCCUUCAUUCGGAAGAGGAACGAGAGGGAAAGGCAGCGGGUGCGCUGCGUGAACGAGGGCUACACACGCCUGAGAGAGCACCUGCCCAAGGAAUUCGCUGACAAGCGCCUCAGCAAAGUGGAGACCCUGAGAGCUGCAAUAAGCUACAUCAAACACCUGCAGGGCUUGCUGGACUGCCAUCCCUUAGGGUCUAACAGUAAGGAAACGCUCUCUGCCAAGGAGCUCCCCGAAGCUCCCAGUCCUGGUCCCCCGCGGGAAUGCAACAGUGAUGGGGAGUCUAAAACCUCUUCAGCUUCAUCCCCCUACAGUGAAUUUGAGGAGACGGGCAGCUAGGUAAAUGCCUCUCUGGAGACAGAAACCUUCAAGUUGGUCUGAAAACCAAAUCUAAAAACCCUGGGGAUUUUUCUACAGGUGAAAAUGAAUACCAGGAAAAGGAAAAGAUCUAGAGGAAAAAAAAAAAAAAAGGUAUUUUCAAUCUGUCAAAGGACUUUAAAUGUUGUCUGUAAAAAACCUAAAGAUGAUUUGUAAGCAAAGAGAUAUCUCUCAAGUUGCUUCAGCUGUGUUACUAAGCUUCCUUUGGACUGUUAAAACUGACGCAACCUUUGCGUUCUACUUUUCAUUCAGCUUCCAUUUAGUUCAUCUAUUUUCUUUUGCCUUUCACUCAAUGAGACGGCAAAACCAGAUAAAUCCAUUUCAGGAAAUUCCCCUCCCCUUUCUCCUGCUUCCUCAUGUAAGUUUUCUUGUCUGUUUUUCCUGACUGCUAACCUGAGAUGCACUGGGUUGCAAACACUUGGACUGGGAAAGGUAAGAUUUAGAUAAAGUGUCUUUCCCUAAAAUUUUUAGAAAACUUACAGAAAUACUUCUGUUUCUGAAAAGACAAUUUUUAAACUAUAAAUAAGGCUAUAUUUGGGAAUGAAUUUCCUUUACAGCGUCUUCUAAAGUGAAAGCAGCAACUGAUACAUUGGACACUAGCUAUUUGGUGAUUAUUCAAAGGAUAAUUUUCAGGAAAAGAAAAUCUGAAACUUUCAUUCUAAUCAAUGCUAGGAAGAGGGAAAGAGAGUUCUGUAAAACUGCACUUUCAAAGCAAAGCUCCACUCGUCAUACUGAAAAAAAUGCCAGCCUUCUUCCUUCUUUUCUGAAAAUUGAGUUUGUGGACAAAAUAAUCUUGAUUGCGUCUUUUUGGCAGGUCAGAGAUUACAUGCUUAGAAAUAUGUUCCUGUAAUGGUUAGAUACUGGUGUGUACAAAAAGGGUAACAUUGAAUAUAUCAGUUUACAUCUUCAUGAAAAUGUAGAUAUUUCUCCUUUUGUUUAGAAUAUUGUAUUACUUUUUUAAAAAAAAAAUGCACCUUUUAAAAUUAAUAUAUCAAAAUUCACGGAAUACCUUUAAUUUGGACCAUAUCUAUUUAAAAUGAGACUUUGCCUCCAAACUGCUUUAAAUCUUCCUUUCUCCAAGGCCAGAUUUAAAUAAAAUUUACCUGUGUGCUUAAAUCCCAUUCUGAAUAUGAGGUAAACUCCUUACCCACACACUCUCCACAGACGUUUCAAACUUUCGCUUUUUUGGCCUCAUAUUGCUGAAAUGGUUUUGUACCUUUUUGUCCUUCCUUCAUGUCAUGCUGACUGAGCACCUGAAAAAAUACUCGUGUACAAAUAAGAACAGAUACUGAUCAAAUACCUCAAA